CCGAGGUACAAGCAAGCAACUGGCAGUGACAUCGAUAUCCACAUAUUGGAAGCUUCACCUUUAAAACUUCAAUAACUUUCUCUCACACAUAGCAAUUCAACUUGUGCAAUGAGAUAUCUAGAUCACUGUUUCAAUCAACGCCUUGCUUAAUCGGCAUGCCACAUCAAACAUAGUCGUCGUACACCAACCCAGAGCAACAAUGGCGAACGAUCCACCACCUCCAACAACCAACAAUCCCUCACCAUCCACAUCCACACCCUCUACCGCCUCUGCCCCCUCAACCUCGGCAGCUCCAAACUCAACACCAAGCUCCCUCCCAUCCUCACCCUCAUCCUCGCCAUACCCCUACGCCUUCGCCCCCGACAUAAUCCGCGCGCACCAGAAGGACGCGUACUUCCAAGGCCUGCUCACGCACCAGAUCACGGACCUGCACCGGCACCUCCUCGGGGCCCGGUCGGCGCACGCCUGGGCCGCCGAGUCGCGCACGCUCGCCGACCUGCUGUACCUGUGCCUGACGACGCUGCUCGGCAACCGGACGCUCGGCGAGGAGUACUGCGGGCUCGUGCAGAUCGAAGCCGGGACGGGGGCCCUGCCCGCGCUCUCCAAGCGCGCCGCUUACAUCGCGGGCAGCAUCCUCGCGCCGUACGGCAUCUCCCGCCUGCUCCCCAAGAUCCGGGCGCGCAUACGCGCUCGCCUGCAGAAGAACCUGGGCCUCUCCCCGGGCGCGGGAGACAGUGACGAAAGCACGCUCGCGAAGCUGAACGGGAGCCGGAGCCGGACGUGGUCCCACAAGCUGCAAUCCUACGUGCUAGCCAACCUGUCCUCCAUAACCAGCGAAGCACCCGUGCACGCGGCCAGCCUCGCGCUCUUCUACUUCAGCGGGUCGUACUACGAGCUCGCCAAGCGGCUCGUCGGGCUGCGCUACAUCUUCACCCACAAGAUCGGCGAGUCCUCCGACCGCGCCGGGUACGAGGUCCUCGGCGUCCUGCUCGUCGUCCAGAUGGCCGUGCAGGGCUACCUGCACAUCCGAUCGACCCUAACCUCGUUCUCGGCCCCGCUCUCCCCCUCCCUCUCCCCCUCCAGCCCGUCGUCGUCCGACCGCGCGCGAGCCGGCGCCCUCACCGUGUCCCUGGACGAGAACGCGUACUCGUCCAACAACUCUCUAUUACCAGGCGGCCCCGGUGCCGGAGCUACGACCCGCAUCGACGUAGCAGCCGCGACGCACACGCCGGUCUGCGGCGCCGGCGGCGUGCCGCGGUACGACCUAGCCGAGGCGCGGAGCAUGGGCUGGAUUAAAGGGGGCCAGCAGCGCAAGUGCACGCUGUGCCUGGAGGAGCUGAAGGACCCGGCGGCCACGCAGUGCGGCCACGUCUUCUGCUGGACCUGCAUCGGCGACUGGGUGCGCGAGAAGCCCGAGUGCCCGCUGUGCCGCCGCGAGGCGCUGGUCCAGCACAUACUGCCGUUACGUGCCGUGUAGGAGAUAUUAUUGGGGGCCAGGGGAGAGGGGGGUAUGAUACAGAUACAAAUACCGUAUAUACGUAACGGCUACGGUUGCUUGCGGCGGAACCGGCUUGGCUACGUAAAGACGAGACGAGACGUAAGGGGUCAGGUGUAAGUUCAAACGUUAUGGAGAUGUUAAUCUAAUCGAAAAGGGGGCGGGGAGGUAUACAUAUUUACAUCUUACCAUACGCAUUACGAACAUAGAAGACAGAAUAUCACAUGUACCUAGGUAGCAAGCAAGCGUCACGAUAUUGGCAAUACGAUAAAAGAACAUAUUUAACAGUUAA